GGGACGGAACGUAGGAGGUAGAGGUGGGAGCAGAGGAGCGCUGUAGCGCUAAGCCGGUUGUGCUGAGCGUGACGGGCCCCCUCACCUCCUUUUCUUUUCCCUCCCGGCUCGCUGUUUCCUCAGUCCGCGAGCAGGUGCCCUCCUUGCGCUACCACUCCGCGAGCCGCGCCUGUUCGCCAGAGUUGCGCGGGGCGUCCCCGCAAGCCCGGCGGAUGCUGCUGCUAGGGGUGGUGGGAGCAGCCGUGGGACGCGUGGCCGGGAGCGGGGGUGACAGCCUGGGAUUCCGGGGGCUUGUCUUCAUUGUACUUCUCUCGUCCUUAUUUCCACUGUGGCCGUGACUGACACUAAAGACUUUUAGCCAUCAACCUAAGUGCAGUUUCGAUGGAAAAUGAAGGUUGCACGUUUUCAAAAAAUACCUAAUGGUGAAAAUGAGACAAUGAUUCCUGUAUUGACAUCAAAAAAAGCAAGUGAAUUACCAGUCAGUGAAGUUGCAAGCAUUCUCCAAGCUGAUCUUCAGAAUGGCCUAAACAAAUGUGAAGUUAGUCAUAGGCGAGCCUUCCAUGGCUGGAAUGAAUUUGAUAUCAGUGAAGAUGAGCCACUAUGGAAGAAGUAUAUUUCUCAGUUUAAAAAUCCUCUUAUUAUGCUGCUUCUGGCUUCUGCAGUCAUCAGUGUUUUAAUGCAUCAGUUUGACGAUGCUGUCAGUAUCACUGUGGCAAUACUUAUCGUCGUUACUGUUGCCUUUGUUCAGGAAUAUCGUUCAGAAAAAUCUCUUGAAGAAUUGAAUAAACUUAUGCCACCAGAAUGCCAUUGUGUGCGUGAAGGAAAAUUGGAGCAUACACUUGCACGAGACUUGGUCCCAGGUGAUACAGUUUGUCUUUCUGUUGGGGACAGAGUUCCUGCUGACUUACGCUUGUUUGAGGCUGUGGAUCUUUCCAUUGAUGAGUCCAGCCUGACAGGAGAGACCACUCCUUGUUCAAAGGUGACAGCUCCUCAGCCAGCUGCAACUAAUGGAGAUCUUGCAUCAAGAAGUAACAUUGCCUUCAUGGGAACACUGGUCAGAUGUGGCAAAGCAAAGGGUAUUGUCAUUGGAACAGGAGAAAAUUCUGAAUUUGGGGAGGUUUUUAAAAUGAUGCAAGCAGAAGAAGCACCAAAAACCCCUCUGCAGAAGAGCAUGGACCUCUUAGGAAAACAACUUUCUUUUUACUCCUUUGGUAUAAUAGGUAUCAUCAUGUUGGUUGGCUGGUUACUAGGAAAAGAUAUCCUGGAAAUGUUUACUAUUAGUGUAAGUUUGGCUGUAGCAGCAAUUCCUGAAGGUCUUCCCAUUGUGGUCACAGUGACUCUGGCCCUUGGUGUUAUGAGAAUGGUGAAGAAAAGGGCCAUUGUGAAAAAACUGCCUAUUGUUGAAACUCUGGGUUGCUGUAAUGUGAUUUGUUCCGAUAAAACUGGAACACUGACGAAGAAUGAAAUGACUGUUACUCAUAUAUUUACUUCAGAUGGUCUACAUGCUGAGGUUACUGGAGUAGGCUAUAAUCAGUUUGGAGAAGUGAUCGUUGAUGGUGAUGUUGUUCACGGAUUCUAUAACCCAGCUGUUAGCAGAAUCGUUGAGGCGGGCUGUGUGUGCAAUGAUGCAGUAAUUAGAAACGACACUCUAAUGGGGAAGCCAACUGAAGGAGCCUUAAUUGCUCUUGCAAUGAAGAUGGGUCUUGAUGGACUUCAACAGGACUAUAUUAGAAAAGCUGAAUACCCUUUCAGCUCUGAGCAAAAGUGGAUGGCUGUUAAGUGUGUACACCGAACGCAGCAGGAUGGACCAGAGAUUUGUUUUAUGAAGGGUGCUUAUGAACAGGUGAUUAAGUACUGUACUACAUACCACAGCAAAGGGCAAACCUUGACACUUGCCCAACAACAGAGAGAUCUGUACCAACAAGAGAAGGCACGGAUGGGCUCAGCAGGACUUAGAGUUCUUGCUUUGGCUUCUGGUCCUGAACUGGGACAGCUGACAUUUCUUGGCCUGGUGGGAAUCAUUGAUCCUCCUAGGACUGGUGUGAAAGAAGCUGUUACAACACUCAUUGCAUCAGGAGUAUCAAUAAAAAUGAUUACUGGAGACUCACAGGAGACCGCAGUUGCAAUUGCCAGCCGUCUGGGAUUAUAUUCCAAAACUUCCCAGUCAGUUUCAGGAGAAGAAAUUGAUACAAUGGAUGUCCAGCAGCUUUCACAAAUAGUACCAAAGGUUGCAGUAUUUUACAGAGCCAGUCCAAGACACAAGAUGAAAAUUAUUAAGUCUCUCCAGAAGAAUGGGUCCGUUGUAGCCAUGACAGGAGAUGGAGUAAAUGAUGCAGUUGCUCUGAAAGCUGCAGACAUUGGAAUUGCAAUGGGCCAGACUGGAACAGAUGUUUGCAAAGAGGCAGCAGAUAUGAUCCUGGUGGAUGAUGAUUUCCAAACCAUAAUGUCUGCAAUUGAAGAGGGUAAAGGGAUUUAUAACAACAUUAAAAACUUUGUUAGAUUCCAGCUAAGCACGAGUAUAGCAGCAUUAACUUUAAUCUCAUUGGCUACAUUAAUGAACUUUCCUAAUCCUCUCAAUGCCAUGCAGAUUUUAUGGAUCAAUAUUAUUAUGGAUGGACCUCCAGCUCAGAGCCUUGGAGUAGAACCAGUGGAUAAAGAUGUCAUUCGUAAACCUCCACGCAACUGGAAGGACAGCAUUUUGACCAAAAACUUGAUACUUAAAAUACUUGUUUCAUCAAUAAUCAUUGUUUGUGGGACGUUGUUUGUCUUCUGGCGGGAGCUACGGGACAAUGUGAUAACACCUCGAGACACAACAAUGACUUUUACAUGCUUUGUGUUUUUUGACAUGUUCAAUGCACUGAGUUCCAGAUCCCAGACCAAAUCUGUGUUUGAGAUUGGACUCUGCAGUAAUAAAAUGUUUUGCUAUGCUGUUCUUGGAUCCAUCAUGGGACAGUUAUUAGUUAUUUACUUUCCUCCACUUCAGAAAGUUUUUCAGACGGAGAGCCUAAGCAUACUGGAUUUGCUGUUUCUUUUGGGUCUCACCUCUUCAGUGUGCAUAGUGGCAGAAAUUAUAAAGAAGGUCGAAAGGAGCAGGGAAAAGAUUCAGAAGCAUGUUACUUCGGCACCAUCGUCUUUUCUUGAAGUAUGAUGCAUAUUGCAUUCUUUUAUUUGCAAACUAGGAAUUGCAGCGUGAGAAUCAUUUAGAAGGGCAAGUUCAAGAAGAUUAAUGAAGAUUCGAGAACUUUGUUACUUUACAUUGACUAAAUGUGAGCGUUAAUGUUAAAGACUUGAUAUGAGACUUUAACCUGCUGACAGUUCUGAAUGAAAUUAUGCAACUUUGAUAACAUAUUCCAUGAUUUAAGUUGGCUCUUGCAAUAGAGUGGAACUUUGUAAAGCAUAUGGGUAGUUACUUAAUUUAAAAAAAAAAAAAGCAGAGCCUGAACCACCUUCUGCACUUAAAGAGUUCUAGCAGUACAAAUACACUAUCUGUCUUAGAUAGAUGUUCUUGUUUUGUUUUGUUUUGUUUUUAAUUUUAAAUAUUGUACUAUUUAUGGUGGUGGGAUUUUCUUACUAAUACACAAAUAAAUUUAAUUAUUUCAAAGGCAUUCUUUUGGUUGAGAAAUCAAGUCCCAGGAGUGCCAUAUUUCAGCUACUGUAUUUACUUUUUCCUGCAAUGUGUAAGCAACUCAGAUACCUUGUGCAUACCAUUUUUGUAUCUCAUGUUUUUUGCACAGGCUGUGACCACUGUCAGAUUACUGUUCUUUUCUUUCUUUUUGUGAUUGAAAAGCCUAUACUGCAAUUUGAAGUAAAUGUUUGUUUUUCUUAGUAAGUGUUAGUGGUAUGGCUUCUUUUUUUAGGUACGAGUCUUCUGUCUAGCAAAAUUCACACAGAGUUAUCAAGUGGCUUUCUAGUUAGGGUAGCAGUAUUUGUAAUAAACUCUUAGUUAUAGAAUCAAAAACACUUAAGAUGGAUUGGGCUGAAAUCUAUAACAAAUUAUACUACCAUGUCAUGUUUAUUUUUUGAGUUAAAUAUAAAUGUAUACUUUGUCAAACAUCA